AGGUGUCUGAUGACGAGAUCAUCACGCCAAAGAAAUACAGUCAAAUAAGUCGGGACACUGCAAUCGACAUUAAUAUGACAGAUGCCCAAGUAGAAGACGCGUUUUUCCAUUUAUCAACCCACCAGCAAGUUGAAUGCAAGACAAGAUUGCGGAUAGGAAGAAAGGGAGAUGGGGGUUGGGACGCGUGUAAUGAUGAGCCAUUCAAACUAAGGAAACCAUGUCUCGUUUAUUCUAUUGGAAUUAACAACGAUUGGAGUUUUGAUGACGCUGUUGUACAGCUGGCUGGUUGCGAGGUCCAUGCAUUUGACCCAACUAUGAACACAACCGAUCACAAGAGAGGGGAAUCCAUAUACUUUCACAAUAUAGGAGUAGGGGCAGAAGACACAGUGAAUGACCUUGGCUGGAAGAUGAGGCGUGUUUCAACAAUCAUGAAGGAUCUGGGACAUGACGAGAAUAGGAUAAUAGACUUUUUCAAAAUGGACAUAGAGUACUCAGAAUGGAAUGUGUUUCCUGGCAUGAUCGAGGAUGGAAUUCUGGGAAAAAUCAAACAAUUAGUUUUUGAAUACCAUACACACAUGCGAAAACAUACUGGCGAUACCAUAGCAAGCUCUCACAAUAAAGAACCAACAAAACAACAAUAUUUAGCAAUGUGGAAGACUUUAGAGCAAUUAGAGAAAGCAGGUCUGAGGAGGUUUUUUCAUAACACUAACUGGGGAGGAAAGUACAAAUCAAAGUAUACAAAGAAAAAAAGAUCACCUUAUCAUGAAGUAUAUUAUCUAAAUGUUAACUAUUUAAACAUACCUUAA